AUGAACUCCUCACUUCGUUAUCCAUAUGUACGUCGUAGCACUGCACAUGUGGAUGGUGCCGCUCUACAGCAUCUUUUAUUGAACGAACGAGUAUGGCGUAAUGCGUUCGCUAAGGGUCCAAAAGUCGUCGAAUCAGGCAAACAGACCAGAUGGACAACGGUACUCGGCUACGUACAGUUAGUCUACGAGAAGUCGCGUAUUCACUAUCUAAUCCCGGUCAUACUACUCUUUGCCUAUUCACUACUAGGCGGUCUGAUAUUCUGGUCAAUUGAACGGUCUCAUGAGGAAGUUCUACUGAACGAUAAGAGCAAUUUCAUUGAUGCACUGAAGGAGGAGCUUCUGAAUGUGGUCGUACGUAUACACGAUCGAUUAUCCGAAUUCAAUAAAGCAUAA